GGUCCGGCGCGAGCGGCGGCGGCGGCCAUGGAGGGCGGUCCGAGCGCGCGCAUCCGUGAGGGCGACUGCGCCGUGCUCAAGCGGGACGAGGUCUUCAAGGCGGUGUCGGUGCUGCGCCGCAGAAAAAUAACUUUUGAGAAGCAGUGGUUCUACCUGGAUAAUGCCAUUGGCCAUAUUUAUGGAACUACGUUUGAAGUAACCAGUGGUGGAAACCUCCAGCCAAAGCAAGAGGUAGAAGAGACUACCACAGAAACAAAGGAAGCAGGGACAGAUAAUCGUAACAUAGUUGACGAUGGGAAGUCUCAAAAACUGACUCAUGAUGACAUAAAGGCUUUGAAGGACAAGGGUAUUAAAGGACAGGAAAUAGUUCAACAGUUAAUAGAGAACAGCACAACAUUCAGAGACAAAACAGAAUUUGCUCAAGAUAAAUACAUAAAGAAGAAGAAAAAAAAAUAUGAGGCAGUUAUUACAAUCGUGAAACCAUCCACUCGCAUCCUUUCAACCAUGUAUUAUGCAAGGGAACCUGGAAAAAUUAAGGAUUGCACGUUAAUGAAAGAUAAUGUGAUACAGAAAAUGAAUCGAUAUUGCAGCAAACAGGAAAACUCUUUUGCAUGCAGCACCAGCUUUUACCAUUUCUCUGUCACCACCACCUUGCUCAUUACCUAUGCAGGCAGAGGUUCUUUGCAUUUUCAAAGCCACUUGAGAUACGACACCCUAGCUCAGAUGCUGACUUUGGGAAACAUCCACGCUGGCAACAAGAUGAUUGUCAUGGAAACGUGUUCGGGCCUGGUGCUUGGGGCUGUGAUGGAGAGAAUGGGGGGCUAUGGCUCCAUCAUUCAGAUGUACCCAGGAGGAGGACCUGUUAGAGCUGCCACCAGUUGUUUUGGGUUUCCCAAACCUUUCUUUGAUAAUCUCCAUGAAUUUCCUCUCAGCAAAGUGCAGAGUCUCCUGUCUGGGACAUUCACUACGGAGACUCUGCAUGCAGACCCUGAGGAGAAUGCACUGGGGGAAGAGGAAAGCAAUGGAUUGACUGAGGAGAAGCAGACUUCCCUCCAGGAAACAGAGGAGGAACCUGCUCCUGAAGCAGCUAUGGAGAUCAAUCCAACAGAAGAGCAAGACGCCAUGGACGUUAAUGCUGAAGAUGGAGAAUUUAAAGAGAACAAAGAAAAAGAAAAUAAAGAAAAUGUUCGGGAAAAGCAAAUAAAACAGUGGGAGAGAAGGAAAAAGCUGCAGGAAGCUGCUGCUUUGCUGAGAGAGAAGAAUGCUGAUGGCUUAAUUGUAGCCAGCAAGUUUCAUCCCACACCCUUGUUACUUUCUUUGUUGGAAUUUGUUGCUCCCUCGAGGCCUUUUGUUGUCUACUGCCAGUACAAAGAGCCAUUAUUAGACUGUUACACCAAGCUGAGAGAAAGAGGUGGAGUCAUCAACCUGAAGCUGUCUGAAACGUGGCUACGGAACUACCAGGUUUUACCAGAUCGCAGCCACCCAAAGCUGACCAUGAGUGGAGGUGGAGGGUACCUCCUGUCUGGCAUCACUGUUGUCUUGGAUAAGGGCAAAUCUGAUUCCAGUAACUCAGAAGCACUGAAGAUGGAGGAGCCAUCAUCUAAAAGAUGCAAACUUCAAGACCUUCCUUGUUAACGUUUGAAGAACUGACUUGUGGUUUAGAUCUCAGGAGUUUUAGUGAAAUAACAAGUCCUUUCUGUGCUGUUGACAGCACAGGGCUGUGCCUGUCGUGCACCUGUCAGAGAAAGCAGCAGAACUGCAGGGGAGGGAGGACUGGCCUGCUCCUUAGCAGUUCACAUCAUCUGAAUGUCAAGGAAAACCCUUGGGAGCAAACAUCCCACUGAACUCAUAGGAACUUCAAGAAGGAGAAAAGAUCAAGAGAAGACAAAGCCUCAGUGCAGGCAUUCUGUUUGUUUGUUGCCAAAUCUGAAGAUGAGGUAGUUUUUUAAAAGAUUGAGUCAGGAUCAACACAUCCAACUUAGCUUUCCAUUAUCCCAGAAAGGCAUCAGAGGAUUCUCCUCAGGAUCUGCUCCCACUUGGGACAUAGAACUCGGCUCUGUUCAGUAAUUUAAGAAAAGAGAAUGAACAGCAAAAAUCAUACACUUUUUUUUUUUUUCCAAAGGAACAAUAAAAAGAGAAAACUAAUAAUAAACAUGACCUCAUGCUUACAGCAUGACUCCGUGUUUUCCUGAAAUAUAUACAGAAGAGAAAGUGCAUGUUCUUAAAUUAAAAUACUAAAUAUUUAAACAGAAUGUCACUAUUAGUAUUGUCUGUCAUUUUCCUGAGAGCUGCUGUAUGUUUUUAAGACAUUACUAUUUGGAAAACUGCUGUAUGUAUAUAUAUUUAUUCUACUGUUGAAUCUUUCAGAUGUCUGGCUUUUUUAAUUAAUUUUUUUUAACUUUGCAUUUGCCAUUUCAAUUAAACUACAGGGUAUUUUCCCUAAAGAGA